AUGAACACUAUGACUACCAUCCCGGAGGCUAGCCCGCUGUGGGGCUCGUCGGUGUCGAUGCGAGACGCGCAACACCGAGCGCGAAUGCUGCGGUCCAGGUCAUUAGGUACGCCUGGUGGCAAUGGAGGGCUGUAUGAGCACCAUCAGGCCAUUGCACUUUCACAGUCGCACUCUGCUUCGUCUCUAUCAACACUACGAUCAUCGGGACAAUCGUCAGGACAAUCUUCUGCGGCUUCUUUGUCGCCCCCAUUGUCGUCAGCUGCAUCCAUGUCGUCGUCGGCCAGCUCAGCAACUACAAGCGCAUCUCCUCAACCGAAAACUCAAGAGUUGGCAAGCUCGUCAAGCACUCUCACAAUGGAAGCCGCUACUACCCUGGAGGCCAACGUAACAGCACCAUCAUCAACCGAAGAUUCUAAUGCGCGGGUCGCAGAAGAGCGGAUUCUACAUUUACGGAACGAGAUUGCCCGCAAAUCCGCUUCGAUUCUCCAGCUCCAACAACUCGCUCGAGAGCUUCCACGACUUGUAACCCCUGGACCCGAGCAUGCGGCGUCGCCCACAACAAGCCCGGAAGGUCCUGUCCAAAACGGCUUGCCAGGUGCAGCCCCUCGUCCUAAGUCCCGGCCAUAUUCAGCACGACCAGCGUCCUUUUGCAUUCCCACGUCUCACUCGCUUCCAUCUAUUCAUGCACAACCUGCUGAGAUCCCAAUUGAGCCAGUUGCGUGGACAGAUCCCACUGUUGCGCAAGAAGACCUGGCACAUUCCGAGAUAAUGGUCCGUCAAAAACAACAGCAACAGCAACAGCAACAUCAACAUCAAGAGCAACAGCAAUUGGAAACCACCGUGGUAGAACCCAGUACCGUGACUUCCAUGUCUGCUUUGGUGAUCCCUCUGCCAGCAGCAGAAGAUAGUGGCAACAGUAGUGGCAAUGAGUCUGUGGGCUCCAAUACUUCAAUGGCCUCGUCCUCAUCCUCCACAGCCUCUGCAACGGCAGCCCCGCGUCACCGUCGGUAUAACCGGUACAACAGCCGGCGGUCGUCGUCAUAUUUUGAACAACAACAGUUACAGUAUCAGCAUCAGCAUCAGCAUCAGCAAAUGCACAUCUUUGAUGAGGACGGACGGAUGCCGUUAUCGGCGCCCGUCCCUGUGGCGUCCUCAUCUCUAGCAGCGGCCCACCUUCUCCGCCAGCCCACACCUCCACCUCCACAGCAGCAAUUUCAGCAACACCAACACCAAACAAGACAGCGGCCGUUGUCUCUGCAACCGCACCAUUUUUCUUCUUCCUCCGUUCCCAGCAUUCCUAUUUCACAAAGUCCUGUCACUACCACCACUCAAGUUCCGUCGUCCGUUGCUUUCGGGUCCCAGCACCAGUAUCAGUACCAGCAUCAACAAUAUCAACAUUAUCCCACUCAUCCUAAUAAUAACCUAACCAAUAGCAAUAACAACAACAGCAAUAGCAAUAGCAAUAGCAACAACAACAACAAUAACAAUAACAAUAACAAUAACACAUACUCAUUUUCUAUCCCGCAACUCACAAACCGAUCUUCUCGUGUCUUGAUAAGCCCGGCACCAUCGCCUACACUCGUGCAAACGCUCAACUACAAUAGCCUCAACAUGGCCACUGCAUCAUCUACUCCAGGAAGAGCUCAGACAAGUAGCCCCAAUUCAUACCAGCAAGUAGCCGCUAAUGCCAAUGUGGCACAAUCACCAUAUCAUGUCCAUCUUUCCAGUCACAAUCACAAUCAUCACCACCGACUCAGCUCUGCCAGUACAUUAUCCCAAGCAUCAUCGCCUGUGUCGUCAAUGUCUACUGAUGGGCCCACCUCAAACGCAGGCUCUGUCUCAACCCAGUAUCUACACAUGAAAACACCUUCUACCUAUGAAACACAUCCAUCUCGGGCCAACUGGAAAACUACAUCUCAUGUGAUUGAGUCGCUACAGUGCACAAUCGACUCACUACGGCGUGAACUGGCCGAGCAGCAAGCUCGAGUUGAGGAGGAGCGUCAGAUCAAAGAGGCUGUUAAGAAGAAGGUGAUUCAGCUUGAGUCGCAAAUGGAUGGGUUCCGACAUCAGGCUGAAACGCUGAGUGCAAUGUUGCAACGCAAGGAACGCCGAACAAAGGAACUGGAGUUACAGGUCGAGCAUUUCCGCAUGGCUGCAGGUCGUGCCGAUUCGGAACGACGUGCGCGCGAAGAGGCCGAGGCCAAGCAUGCUGUCGAAAUAGCUCAAGUUGCAGCUGAACGUGAGCAAGCGCAAGUCAUGUAUCAAGCACUGGGUGACAGCGUCAAACGCAACAAGGAGCUCUACGAAGAUAAGCUUGCGCGUGUGAGUGAGCAGCUUCGUGAACUAUGUGGAGACCAGGAAUCUUCUUCAUUGCAAACGGCAGCUCAAGUCAAGGACUACAUUGCAGAGCUGCGCAAAAAGAAGACUGAAGAGGCUGUACGGAUCACGGCGCUCAAGAAGGAAAUUGCGGAACAGCGGCGUGCUCAUGCUCAAGAAGUUAGAGAAGUACUUGCAGUUGCACAAACCACAGCAGAAGAAGCGGAGGCUCGACUUAAAGAGAAUAUAAAGGAAACACUUGCUUUAGUUAAGAGCUUGAAACUUCAGCAGCUUCAACAACAGCAGCUUCAGCCACAACAAACAGCAUAA